UAGAAGAAGAAACACGGAACCGACUGAAACAGUUAGCGUUACAUAGAUAUUAUUACCGUAUAUUACGCACCGUUAGAACACACCGGCUGUCAGUUACGUUACCGUUAAACUCGGCUGACUCCUCGCUACUAUGGACGAGUAUGACGAGAUGUUCGGGAUAGAAGACGAGUUUGAUCAACAGUUCGCCGAUGAGCUGGAGGUGCUGGCUGAGAUGGACUCCCCUCCCACUAAACGGUCAGAGCUCCGGAAGCAGAAGCCUCAGUCGUUCCAGGAAGCCAUCGCCGCUGGUGACCAGCCACUCAGGAGCCAAUCACAGGCGUCGUCAGACCGGAGCCUCGGCCAAUUGGAAGGCCCGUCUGUGGCGUGUGACGGAGAGGACAUAGAACACCUGCUGGCGGACGAGCCAAUCACUCCCAAGGCGAAGCGUCCGAGGCAGGAUGUGGCUAAGAAGCUGUUUGAGGUGUCUCCGGUUGAUGACAUCACCCCCCCGUCGUCUCCAGAGCAGUUCCAUCGACCCCCGAGCAGCAGACCCCAGCUAGUCCCAGUGAUCUUGGACAUCAGUGGCUUCACAGACAUCCAGGAGUCUCCUAGGAGAGUUACCACGGCAACACCGUGUCACGCUCUGAAGCGCCCCCCGGCCGAGGGGGGAUACAUUAGCGUGACGGACCAGACAGGAAACCGCAUCUACCUCCGACAGACAGACGACCUGAGGGGAAAGGCUGUGGACCCCAGUGCUCUGCGUAGCUCCCAUAAUGCAUUGGGUUUGCUGGCUGUUCCCAUCGAGGUGCUGAGAGAAGAAGUGGCAGAGAAGCGUCAUCGCCAGGUGUUGGAGGAAUCUCAGCGCCUAACAGAGUUACUCAACAGUCAAGUGGAUGAGGAGUUUGGAGAACUGGACGGCAGACAGAGAGAAGAGGGGGAUGGAGAGGAGGAGGACGGGGAAUCUUCUCGUCUCUGGGUGGAUCAGUUCUCUCCUCAACACUACACCGAACUACUCAGCGACGACUUCACCAACCGCUGUUUGCUGAAGUGGCUAAAGCUCUGGGACCAGGUGGUGUUUGGACGAGAAAGGAAGACACGCCCACCCCCAGCCGAGAGGCCCGACCACAACACAGCCAAUCAGGGCCAAGGACGCUUUCAUUCCUCCAAUAAGGGCCAGGGACGCUUUCAUUCCACCAAUUGGAGCAAGGGGAACUUUAAUCAAGCCAAUCAGAAAUUUAAGACCAAGAGUCAGAUCACCGAGGAGAUUCUGGAGGCCGAACUGGACCAAUACAAAAGGCCCAAAUACAAGGUGGUGCUGCUGUCUGGUCCUCCAGGGUUAGGGAAGACCACUCUGGCCCACAUCAUCGCCAAGCAUGCUGGGUACAACGUGGUGGAGAUUAACGCCAGUGAUGACCGCAGUGCGGAGCUGUUCCAGAAGCGUAUCGACACGGCGACCCAGAUGAGGUCAGUGCUGGGAGCCAAUGAGAAGCCCAACUGUCUCAUCAUCGACGAGAUCGACGGAGCGCCCGCCGCUGCUAUCAGCAUCCUAUUGGCCACUCUAAACAGGAAGGACAGCCAAGGGGCGGAGUCAGAGGCGGAGCCUCUAAAGAAGAAGAAGAAAAAGGAGUCGGUCCUCCUCCGACCAAUCAUCUGCAUCUGUAACGACCUGUAUGUUCCAGCCCUGAGGCCUCUGAGGCAGCAGGCGUUUCUAUUGGCCUUCCCCCAGACACAGCCCUCCCGCCUGGCACAGAGACUGGCUGAGGUAAACUUAGGGUUAGACACAGACACAGACACAGCGUUUCUAUUGGCCUUCCCCCAGACACAGCCCUCCCACCUGGCACAGAGACUGGCUGAGGGUAUGAAGGCUGACAUGGGGACUCUGAUGGCUCUCUGUGAGAAGACGGACAACGACAUCAGAUCCUGCAUAAACACACUGCAG